UUACCGUUACGCGAAGAGCCUCGAAACGUUGAUUUAUUUUGCGAGAAAAAAAGAAAAUUAAUUGGAUUGUUUCGCCGACCAAGAGCAAUGUCACUAAGUGCAUCGCAGAGAGAUGCAAUUGAAAUCCUUGCAGGAUUGUGUACCAGUUGCAAAGAAGCUCCGACCUUAACUCAGUUGCUGCGCGAUUACACAGAAAUGGAAGGCAAACAACUUGACUACACUGGUUUUAGAUCGAUUACGGACUUCCUCCAAGCUUCGAAUAGAUUUUAUGUUUUUAAUCGGAACGGUAUGUGGAUUGUGAAUGCCAAAUUGACAGCAGAAAGUGCUCACAUUGCACUCUUGGUGGGAAAACAAAAAUCGACAAAGAGCAAAGCUAAAAGUCGCUCAAUGGGACUUCCAGCGAGAGAUGGAUUAUUUUAUCAUGCAGCUGCACCUCGCAAGAGAUACAAUCCCACGUAUAGAUACGCGCAAGGGAAGACGAGCGGACCUUUCCAAAAUGCUCCGAGAAAUAUUCAACCGGCGGGAACCGUUUUUCCAAACAACACUCGUACGGUGUCAAAGAAAUCAUUAGGUUUGACGAUAACAUCAGGCAGAGGAGACUUUGGCCGAACUGUUCAACGGCAAUUUUUAAAUACUGCCCCUUUGCCAUCACAACUUGCUAAAGUAAUUCACCCAGGGGUUCAAAACACAGCACCAAUACAACAUGCCACAUCAAAAUUUGAAUUUCCACCGAAGAAAGCAAUGAAUGCAGUACCUGCGCAACGCGAAAAAGUUACGGUGCCGCCAAAUCGGUCCAAAGUCAGUGUAUCAAAUGUUAGCCAAAAACCUUUACCCAAAAUAAUAGUAGUACAACAACCACCUUCGAUUCCAUUUUCCAAUAUACAAUCUACAAAAUCUUCUGAACAUUCUGCACAAUUAAAAGCUCCUAUUGAAAAACUAUCCAAUGAGAUCCCACAAGAAAAAGAGCUAGCAACAGUUUUAGCAAUAUGUCGACCUGUUUCACCGUAUGAAAACGCUAAAGAAUCAAAAGAAACUCAAGAAAAUGAAAAUGCCUCAUUUAAAAUAAAUAAGCCACUUCUGGAAAAAUCGCUGGAUCCAAAUGGAUCGAAUAAAAGGGUAGUUCGACAUGUAUCGUCAGCCAAAACGGAUUUGUUAGUCUCAAAGUAUUCCGUUCAAGAAAGACUCGGCAAAAUUAAAUUGUCUAUGCCGGAAGAAACGUAUACUCCCGUACCGCCUGUUGUGGCAGAUAAAGAAGUUGCAAUUGAAGAAAAUACUACUGCUACGAUUGUACCUCUUGAAUGGUGGGACACAGGAGAUCUUAAUAAUGAGGAACGUUUGCAGGAAUAUUGUGUCAUCAAACGACUUCCCCCUCCAGAGUUUAAGUAUUUUACGGUAAAAAAUGGAAAAUAUAAGAGAUAUCAAUGUAGAUGCACAAUUAAUGGUUUAACAUAUACCACAUAUCCUGAUGACUUUGAUUCCAAAGAAAAGUCUCGUGAAGUCUGUGCUGCACACGCUGUCGUUGAUAUCAAAAAUCAAGAACAGUUGUCGCAAUUCCCCGAAUAUCAAGGUGAACCAUAUGAUAUUGCUUCAAAGAUCUAUGACAUUGUUAGCAACUCCAGAUCUGGAGUCUUUUUAAAAGAAAUUCCAAACAUUUUUCGCGAAAAAUAUAAUUUUUCAAUUCCACCUAAUUUUGUGCAAAUCAUGACUGUCGAAUUUUCAAGUUGGUUUGUAUUCGAGAAUCAUCUGACUUUGCAGCAGCAAAUAAUCUAUCCUGGCCAGCGAAGUCUCGUUUCAAUGGAACUAUCAAGUGCCGCAUCUGAUAUUACUGAUGUGAGCAUCCUUCCUCCGAAAAUCACAAUGCCAUGGAACGAAAAAAAUUGGAAUGUAUUAGUUACUUUUCCCGAAAAACCCACCUCGGUUUGGGUGAAUUUACUAGGACCAGACUACUUUGACGCUCUUGUGGAAUUGCGAAUCAAAAUGAACGAAAUUUUAGAAUUAGAAGAGCCUGAAAAUAUCGUGAUUGGAGAAUGUUACAUUGCAGUUUUACAUAAAAUGCGAGAAAGAGUUCGAGUUAUCAAAAAAGAUUCCGAAGCAAACAAAUAUUUGAUGCACUUUAUAGAUACUGGUGAACAUGAUGUUUUGGAUGUAAGCGUAUUGUACGAAUGUAAAGCCGAAUUUUUAGAACUACCACCUCAAGCGUUCUCAAUUUCAUUGCGGGAAGUAAGUCUUUUUGAUAACGUGGAUGAAGUCUACAACUGGAUAUCAGAAAUAUAUGACAAAGUGCUCGUUGCUGAAGUCCACACAUCUCAAAAUCAGUACAGGAAUAAUGGAAAUGUUAUCGAAGUGACCUUGUAUGAUACCUCAACUGACAUCGAUGUGAAUGUCAAUGAUAAACUGUUCGGGAGCAUUGCAGAAAAAUUUGUUGUUCCAACGAAACUCCAUUCCAAGGGCUGCAACGUUGUCACAAUCACAACUAUUUUGGAUUCUGGGUUGGUCGUAUGCUACUUGAAAGUGAAUGGCUACAUUGAUUUUAUUAAGGAAGAAAUUCGAAGGAUCGUGGCAAAUAACGAACAUUUGGAAAAACAUAUUGGUCAAGUGAACCACAAUGAUCCGGACGAAGUGUACUUAGUGUGGAAUAGAGCGACGCACACUUAUGUUCGUGCAAAAGUCAUAAGCUCUACAAACGCAUUCGAUUCCAAAGACGUUGUCGUACAUUUAAUUGACUACGGGACUUUUUUGAGUGUCGAUAAGCAUUCGGAGAUUUUCCAGAUUAAAUCAUUUUCCAAAUGCUUGACAAUACUUCCACCUCAAGCGAUCAAAAUGAAACUUCAUGAUGUAGAGAACACUGGAAAUGCACACGUAGUUUCAUUGAUUCGUGGAUACCUGAAACCAGACACCGUAUUAUUAGUAAAAGUGAUUGAAGAAAAUAUUGAGCCAUCAGUGUUGAUCUACCGUCGUUUGGCAGACAACAAAUUGCAUUGCCUCAAUGAAGACAUUAAGGCUCAGGCAAGCCUUAGUCUACAGAAUGAUUGAAUUCUAUCUAUUUAAUAAAUAUUAAGAUAUAUCUAAAUAUCAAGUAUUCCUUACUAACAAUAAGUAAAGUAAAACAAACCUAAAAAUAAAUGACAUGAACAUGUUAAAUAAAAUUACAAAAUACCUAAACUUAAAUAAAAGUAAGUUAAUAAUUAAUAA